AUGCCGCCACCACUAGGGAACAACUCGGACUGCAAGUUCGAAAUCCGCGAAGUGUGGGAGUACAACUUGGAGGAGGAGAUGGCAGUAAUACGCGAUGUUGUGCAGGACUAUCCGUACCUGGCAAUGUUUGUCUGGUCGCUGGGCCUGCCGCGAAAGUGGGGCUUCACGGACGUCUACGGCCUCGAUGCAGACCUCCUCGCAAUGGUCCCGCAGCCCGUCGUGGCAGUCAUGAUGCUCUUCCCUGUCACCAAGCCACACGAAGACCACCGCGUCGCAGAGGACGAGCGCAUCCAGGCAGAAGGGCAAACACUCAGCCCCAAUGUCUACCAUCUGAAGCAGACCAUUGCAAACGCCUGUGGCACUGUUGGCGUGCUUCAUGCUGUUGCAAACAACAAGGACCGAUUGGAACUCCCGGAGGACUGCUAUCUGCGCAGGUUUGUGGAGAACGGCUCCGCCAAGACGUCAGAGGAGCGCGGUGAGCAGCUCGAGGUCAGCGAAGAGGUGACCAAUGUGCACGAAGAGUGUGCCAACGAGGGCCAGACUGAGACACCCUCGCUUGACGAUGACACCUUUUUGCACUUUGUGUGCUUGAUCGAGCGUGAUGGCUUCCUGUACGAGCUGGAUGGCCGCAAGUCCUUCCCGAUCAACCACGGCCCGUCCAGCCAGCAAACCCUGCUCGAAGACGCCGCCAAGGUCGUCCAAAAGUUCAUGGAUCGCGACACUUCCCAGGUGCAGUUCAACAUGAUUGCCUUGACCGAGUUGCCUCAGGACGCCGAGUGAUGUUUGCUGGUGCUUUUGUUUUUCUGUUCUUUUUUUUUUUUUUUCCCUUUGUGAUGUUGCUUGUUUCCACCUGUGUGUAAAGCUUUGUUGUGUUGAAUGUCAAUUGAACAAAUCAGC